GUUAGCAUAUUUCGUGUUUGUUUGGUUGUUUCAGUAUUUUAUCUUUGUACGAAAGAAGCCGUGCAAGGUGCCCCGAUAGCAUUAGAUGUCUCUCGAGGUAAGACAUAUUCAAAACCCAGUAAUUUAGCUUAAUUGCGUCAUAAGUCUCUCGUCGUUAACGACACUCACAACCUUUCUUCGUGAAUGGAUGCUCAUCUUUGAAUUUCUCAGUAAGCAGACUCUGAUGAUCAUUUUGGAGUUCUAUCGUUAACGUUGUUGUACUCUUGAUGAAUGAUUGACAUUUUUACUAAAUCAACCAUAUAUAUAUAUAUGUAUAUAUAUAUAUAUAUAUAUAUAUGCAUCGUUAUAUAUGCAUCGUUACAUGGGGUAGUCACGUCAAAACUUCUUUUCCAUUCUAUUGACCCUGUAGUUCGUAUCAAUCCACUGGAGUGUUACGAUAGGGUCAAAUCGUGCUCAAAAGAAGCUAAAAAUGGAUUCUGCGCGUCCAACUAUCAUUACAUGAUUGACAGAUGUCCAUGGAGCUGCCGGUUCUGCAGAAAAGCCGGAGGUAAUAAAUCGAUCAUAUUAUUAAACGAUAAGGCACUAGAUUUUUUAAGUGACCAGCACUGGACCAGACAUGAUACAUUUUAUAACAUAUUCUUCCCUUGCGAUGCUGACGUCAACGUAGUAGACAGACAAGGAGCGUAAUUUCAGGAGGCGAUGUGGCUGAGUGAUUUUUGUGCGCUGUUUGACUUGGAAAGUGGCAACAGUCAAACGUUUUUACAUCUACCUUCUCGAUUAGAUCUUCUUCUCGGUGCCCCUAUUCACCUCUUGAAUCAAGAUCAAAUAUUUUUUUCUUCUACCUGCUCAAAUAGAUCUGCUUCUCGGUUGCACCCUUGUCAACUCUUCUGCAGCGGUCGUGUAAAGAAAAUCAGUUGUACGUGAUAUCCAACUGGUUUACUGAGAUUUACAACAACUUAAGUUUCGUUUGCUCCAAUUGGAUUUGAUUCUCCUUAGUCCCCGCUCAAUUCCUCGACUACACAUUUCAUUGGCUUGCCUCCUUCCUCUGAAAUAAAAAUUUGAAGAAUGAUAGGUUUGAUUUAAGUGGGGUGCGUACGAACAACCUUGACUUAGGUAGCUAUGUACACCUCUGCGGCGAGAUGAAAUAUAAAAUAUUUAAAAAAAGGGGAGUAAAAAUUACCAAGUCUACGCUUUCUAACCAUGUAAGGGCCAAACGGUUAAAUUUUUGAGGGGUUAAUCCCUCUAUGGAAGGGCGACUCAAGCUUGAAAACCUUUCUAUCGUCUCCUUGGAUGAUGCAUAUGAAUGGCUGUUUAAUCGUCAAUGAUUCGGCAAUAUUCUUGAACGUUUUAAUAAUUUGGAAAAUUUGCUGAAUUCAUGUUAGGAGAUACUGACAAAUGUGAAGAUAUCGAUCAGCACUGCCCAGAAUGGGUGUCAAACAAUGAAUGCGCGACGCGACCAGACUACAUGGCUCAGAACUGCAAAAAGAGCUGCGAGAUGUGUGGUCCAGGUGAGUUGCUUUUGACAAUCCAAAGGUGUUUCUUUAAUAUCAUGAUCCUAGCGGGCUCCUUGCAAAAUGGUAAUAAAUCGGUGAAUAAUUUUUUUUUCGCAAAGAAAAUCAUAGAACAUUCUUUUUAGAAUAGCAAUAAGAACCAUGUUUUCUAUCCUCUAAAAAACUAUAAAACUGGCGUCUGGGAACGCUUUCCAGGAGUAUGACUGAUUGUACUGUAUUUCAUUCAUAACAAGAAGAAGGUUUCUUCAUUUAAUAUGUUCAAACUGUGUGUAUUUUGGGGAAUACGGAUUAGGAGUGUAGCACCAAGAAACAUUCUUCGCCUUAUGAAGUACUGGAUGGCUUUCUAGAUCUCUUACACUUGGAUAUGGAAUGUUAGGUCAUUAGUAUGUAUUAAUGUUUGCGAAAGGUUGUCCGUUAGUUUGCAUUUCCAUUGAUGAAGGAAGCUGAUUUAAGCAACUUUCUCAGAAGAAUUAAAAACGGAACGACAGCCAAAUCUAAGCCUUACCCUGAUUCGUUCGUGGUCUAUAGCAUAAUUUAUCUUACCCUUAGUAGUUUUUGCGAUUUCAAAUUAAACGGCUCAAUCGUUUUUAAUUCUUGUUUCUUUAGAAAGCGAGUACAAAGUGAGUGACUCGGAACCCAGUUGUCCAAUCUGGGCCAAAGCUGGUUGGUGCCAGAAAAAUUCAGACCUGCUUAAAAAAUGUCCGCACAGUUGUCAAAAGUUCGGUUAUAUGGGUGCAAAUUCCAUGGAAGAACGCUACAUAACAGUCAACUUUCAGAAUACUUCACAAGUAACAGCCACAAAUGUCACUGAUUUUGCUGCACCACCGCCGCCAUCUGCUGCUAUUCGUCCUCAUUCAGAACUGGAAUCGGUAAGACUUGGAUAUAGACAGAGUUAGUCAUAAGAAAAAGUGCAUGAAAUUUUCCUCAUCAUAAAAAUGAAUUGGCAUUUCAGGCCUUUUGGUUCAUUAUUGCUGAGCUUGUCUCAGUUUCCAAGGAAUGAAGUGUCUAGUAGUACGGUACUAUAUUGCCAUUCGUCCUUGACCCCUUGAGAACAAACCCAUGCAUAGUUCUUUAAGAUUUUCUGACAGUUUGCUAGUUUUUAUCGACAGUCUUGGGUGGAGAAAGACUUCGCCUCGCUCAUGGACGCAUCAUUUAGCUUCACCAAAAAAAAACACUUUAAGAUUGUAAAUUUUGCAAUUUCGAGUGAAAUCUCGAUUUGCAUGUGAAGGGAAUUUUAAUCUACAGUUUAAUUCUAAUUUAUAUUUUAUUUUCCUGACUCAGCUUCCUGCCGACCUGAAGUCGGUUCUCGAAAAGGAAUGGUGGAACUCAAAACUGUUACAACUGACUCAAAAGCAAAAUGAGUAUGUGACUCACCCAGAGCUACGCCAACCUUCUUUUCCAUUGUACACGAACAGCUCUGCUCAGUCAGGUAACAACACUCUAUUAGGAAGAAAACAGAUCAACGGAUCCCAAGUGCUAACAAACUUGACAAGUUCACAAGGGUUCAUAAAUCAGUCAUCAAUAUUGCAAGGUACGUAUAUAAUAUUGUCUCUACGGUUUCCAAUUAUAUACCUCUCUUCCGUUUCUUCAACUGAACGCCGGCUAAACCAGUUCCUUAGCGAGGCAAUUUUGCAGGUUAGAAUUUACUGUCGGUUGCUUGUUAUGCGUAGAGAAAGGAAACUAUUGCAUAAUCCGAAAAAAUCUAAUUAGCUUUGUGAUUUACGCGUUAAUGAUAAUGCGACCCUUUAAGUGAGAUUUGCCCUUAAUUAUCUCCCCUUACACCUUCUCGAUAAAAAUAUAACGAUAAUCAAGAAAUCACAGCAAAACCCUCAGUUGUAUCAUUUUUACAGGCGGAAAUAAACAAGAACAGUUGAACGAACCUCCAGCCCCUGCUCCUCCUCCUCGACCUUACGACUCUCUUCUUCCACAACUAGCCGUCAGUGGUCUGACAUGGAAUGGUAAACGAAAAAAGGCGGAAGAAAAUCAGGCUGACGGACAAACAGCUCAGAAGACUGAAUCAAGUCAAGACGUAAUAUGGAAAGAAGAAAAAGAGGAAGACGAGGAUUUAGACGCCGAAAAUGGUCAACAAAAAGAAGAGGUUCCUGUGAUAGUUUCAGGGAAUGAUGAAAUUUCAAGUGGCCACGAACCGAGGGUUGAAAUGCUUCCGUUAGGUAAUAAAGAAGUGAAGCACGCGAAAACACACGAGAGCCAACUAACAACUUCGGGUGAGAAUUUUGAAAACUAUCACGAGAAUACGGAAGGACACGUAACGUCUUCUUCUGGAAGUGGCGAAGAGAUGGAUUCAGAAGAACAAAAUGAUGUAUCAAUGUACAACAGUCCUGAAAGUACUCAAGAAGGCGAUGUAAAACAGGUCUUUCCAGAAAGUGACAUUUCUGGGAGCGGGCAGCAUUCAGCGCAGGAAAUUGAUGACAAUGAGACCAGCUCAGAUGGAAGU